AACAGGUAUCAAGAAAAUAAGAUUCUUUGUAUAAAAUCAAAACAUUUGUUACACUUUUCCUAUUUGACACCGUCUUUACCUUCACGAGAAAAUGAAUAGAUAUUUCGGCCACUUCAUUAAGCUGUUGUCUUUUAUGUUGCUACAGCCUUUGGUAAAUUCAAAAUCUCCACAGAAAUGCGUGGAACCGGAAACGCUACCGAACAUAAGCUUCGAGCUCACAAUGAACCUUACAGAGGCCCAGUCAUAUAGUAUAAUUCCAGGAUGGUUUAAAGGCACGAAAUCUAUAGACAUUGUCCCAUCUGAUUAUAUAAAUAUAAAAUACAAAUAUCAUUCUGGACAAACAAGCGGGAAAAAGUGCAAGAAGUCUAAAAAUAAAAACGGACGGAAAAAUGAAAAUACAAUAAAUUCUAUGAGUCAGUGUCCGUGGAGAUAUGUUGAAAACAUAGAUAACAACAGGAAACCUAGAACUAUUCUAGAUGCUGAGUGUAUAUGCCAUACACCUCUUUAUUCUAAAAAGAAAAGCGGUUUGGUUUGUCAAAGUAUCAUAGAUUACAUAGUAGUUUUCCGCAGAACAGGCUGCACUAAUGGAGUAUAUGACUACAAACUCGUAUUUGAGCCGAGGGCAGUAGCGUGCGUUGCUACAUCUCUGCCAGAGCCACAAAGACUUUACAAAGUUGCUUAUAAAAUUGUAGAAUAAACAAAUUAUAACAUAUAUUAACUAUUAACACAGUAUUCAAAACAGGUUAUUGAACAGAAAGACAUUUUUGUUGUUAAGAAUUCCUUCUUUUCUACAGCAAUACGAGUACAUGUAUUUAUUUUGAUUAUAGAAGACUUCACUUAUCACGUUGAAACUUUUUAGCAGUACGUGUGUUACUGUCUGAGUGAUGUUUUGUAGAAGAUCGGUUUUCAUUUGUAAAAACUAUUUAAUUAGGAAAUGUCCGUUUUUUGUAGGUAAACACAACUUAUUCUGGACUGUCAUGCAAUUGUAUUUCAUCUCUAGCGAUUAAAGCA